GGAAAAAAUUCAAACUUCAAGCAAACAAAACAAAUGUAAUCAUUUUACAAAAAUCUUACUGAUAUUUGUGUUUUUUAUAAUAUAUUUAAAAAUUGUUCGAAAACUAAAAUGUUUUAGAAACGAAUAAAAUUUCAAAGUGAAACAUUGUCAAACUUAAAAAUUAGGGGAACAUCGCGGCAUCACACCUACACAGGCUAGGCAUCUCUCUUCCCAUUGUUGUGUCUUGUUAUCGGUGCGAACACGAGAAGACUCAAAACAAAAGCUGAAACAACUAGACCCCGGGGGGGAGGCACUCGACCAAAAAAGUGGUAGGGGUGUGCCGCAGGCGAGACAAAAAACGGGGGCCUUGGAGCGGGCUUAUUGUAAAAAGGAGGGUCCUCUGAACGGGCUUUGGAACUACAAAUGUUUGUGAAAACGGGGGUCCUUGGAACGGAUCGCCAGCGUGUGAGUGCGCAUCCGUAUGGAACGGGCAUGCGUGCAUGAUGCAGGCAGCCCGUCCGUCGGGUGCGCUCGUGCAGAGGCGAUGGUCGGACAGCGCUCUGUGGCCGCUUUUCACCAAAAUUGCAGCUCAUUGUAGCAGAUCAAUGCGACCGGAACGGCGUAACGAAAAAUAUGCGAAGCUUUGGAGCAGAUUUCUUUCUUCUUUUUUCUCGAUAAGAAGAAAAUGCUAUGCUUUGGAGCGGCUUUCUUUGUUCUUGUUCUCAAUAAGACAAAAAUGCUAUGCCUUGGAACGGAAAUUUGAGUGUAAAAAUGGGGGUCCCCUCCGCGGCACAUACCCACUAUGCAUUAUAUACUGAGUGCCCCCCCCCCCCCCCCGGGAACUAGACCGAUCUAGUAAUGAAAACUCAAUAACUUCAGUUGUUACUCCAACUACAUCACCAAAUCAUUAAUCUGAGAAUCCAUAUACAUGUAAUUAUAAAAAUUUCCUGCCGAUUUUGAUUAUUUUGUUGGAAAAACUGUUAAUCAUGUGAGAUUAUUCACUUUGAUUCAGAGUUUGCAAAUCUCCUCCGAUCAUGCAAGCCUGCCACACACCACACAGGCAGGCAGGCCAGGCCACGUGCAGCAGCUAGUACAUGUACACUGUAUGCUAACUUUGCAUGUGUGUGUGUCUGUGUGUAGAUCACAGAAAAUCACGGAAAAUGGCUUGCAGUUUGAAUUGAGGGAAGUUGUUAACUUUGUUUUUUCUCUCUCUCUUCUUAUUUUUGCUUGUGAAAUAUGGGAGAACUUUGUAAACUUUAAUCUUACACUGAGAAAGGGCAUGACCAGUUUUGAAAAAAGGGCACAGCCUUUUUGGCCGUGAAUUGACCAUUUUUUGUAAAGGCAUCACGGCCAGUUAUAGGGGCAUUGACGGCCUGGCCGUCGAUGGCCGUUGAUUAAUUUAUGCCCUGAACAUGCCUGCACGAUAUUGCCUUUUUGUCAGAAAUAAUAUAACUGUCACACAUUAGAAUUAAUUAAGGAGCAAUUGGAGCCCAACUUAUCAUAUCAUCCUCAAUCCUAACCUCAUUUUCUUAUUCGUAAGUUAAUCCAAAUAAGAUGUUAGGCAUCUUUCUUCGGAGCUGGGAGCACUGAUCAAUCGAUGUGUUUGCUUUGUUAACAUAGUAUUACACGUAAUUUAUACCCCAAUACAUUACAAUAAUUUCUGUUGAUUAAAAUAUUCUGUACAAAGCAAAUGGAUGAAAUGUUUCUUUACAUAUUAGAGACUAGUAAAUUGAAAAUGAAUUGAACUUGAAUUGAAUUUCUAAAUAAAAAAACUCGGAAAGAGCUGGCUGCACUUGGUACAUCAUGAAGAUGAUAUGAUUUUAAGGGCAUUAGGGUUUGUCAAGUCGUUUCAAGGUAUUCCUGCAAGUACCAUGAUACCACACUGAAUGUAUACGACAUUUUUUUCUGUUUAUCUAUUUUUGUUCCUAAAUGAGCACAUUUGACCGGCCCCCUUUUUAUCUAAUGGAUAAUGUCUUCUUAGAUAGUUUUCAAAAUAAAGAACCAACUUCUAAGAUUCUAACCGCUUUUAGUGUAUUUUGGCUACCAAUGAAAGUUUGUUGACCUUUUGACCUUCUUCUGACCGUGUCUUGACCCUUUAUAUCUUCUGGAUAAGGACUUCUGAAGAUGAACUUAUCAAAAUCCAAAAUAAAAAAGUACACACAUGCAAAAAAAAAAGAAGCAAAAAUCCAGAAAAAAAUCAGCUUUCUUAUUACACCUUCAGUAUAAUUUGCCAUAUAACGAAAGUUCGUUGACCUUUUGACAUUUCCAGUCAUAACUUUUUAACGGGAGGUUACGAGUAUAUGAUUGUGUACACUUUUUUAUUCAGUAUAACAAAACAAUUUGAUGUAUGACUCAACACAAUCAGGGCAAUUCCAAAAAUUGACCCCUAUGAACCCACUUUGACCCGUCACAUGGUCAAGAUGACCAUUAGAAAUUUGUUACCAAGUUGGAAGUUGUUCCUUGUGAUGUCACCAAUCAUGUACAACUGAAAAAUCAGACUUAGCCAAUUUGUCGAAGUAGAUGACAUAUGCUGCCUGACUAUGUUCCAAUCAACAUGCUCAUAGUUUUAUCAUAGUUGAUCUUCAAAUUAUUGUUGUUCAUCCAGGCAGAUAAACUUUCAAGUUCACUAUUAAGGACGAGUUUAAUAAGUCUAAUCGUCAUAUAGGUGUACGGUGCACUCUUUAAAUACAGAAAUUACAUCAUCAAUAAAUAAAAUGUACUGAAAGGGUCCAAGGAGAGAUCCCUGGGGUACUCCCUUAGAAAUGACCCUUCUGAUAAAAUUCCAUUAAUGGAAGUACGAAGUCUUCUGUUAGUCAAAUAACGUUUAAACCAAUGCAUUUCAUCACCAGAUAUACCAAUAUUCUUAAGUUUGGAAAGGAGAAUUCAGAAUUGCAUGAUCAACCAGGUCGAAAGCCUUCUGGAGGUCUAUAAAAAUAGCCCCUGUAUACUGCCCAUUGUCCAUAGAAUAAAACUAGUCAUCCGUUACCUUAGCAAGGGCAGUAAUGAUAGUGUUUCAGAUGGAAUUCCAAUUGAAACGCAGAUAGUAAAGAAUGAGUUUGAAUAUAACGAAGUAAUUGCUUAAAACUGCACAUUUUUUUCCAUUAAUUUAGACGCACAGGAUAGAAUUGAUAUCGGUCUAUAGUUGUAAAAUUCAAACUUAUCACCUUUCUUGUAUAUAUGAACAAUUUUUCCUACUUUCCAUUUCUCAGGUACAACACCAUCACAUAAAGAUUUAUUUAUCAAGAAAGUAAUUGGUUCAAUUAAAAGAGAAAUUGAUUCUUUGAUUAUAUAUAGAUACCAUCUAAACCAACAGAUUUUGCAUUUUUCAAAUUAUGAACCUCUUUCAACACAUCGCUUUCAGAGACAGGCAAUUAUCUAAAGUUUUCAUGCAGAGGGGAAGCUUCACGAUCAUGAUAUACAUUUGUAUAUCAUUAGCAAUUUCUAACACCACAUUAGCAAAGUGAUUCUUAAAGCCAUUAGCCACUACAUCUGACAUUACUUUGGGAAACGAAAAGUGCUAUUGGACGAGUUACUGUUUUUGCCCAUAAGGGAUUUUAGUAUUUUGCAAGAGUUAUUUCUGCUUGUUACAUUUGAUAAUUUGUCACAAUAAUAUUUAUGUUUAGAUUUCCUAAUGACAAAAGUGACCUUAUUUCUCAGUUUUAUACAAAAAGCAUUUGCUUGUGUAGCCCUGCAUUGGCUUACCCCUGGAAGUUUGGGAAAGCACCAUCCGUAAACAACUUCAAAUCAAAACUCAAUAUUCAUAUCUUACCAUAUAUAGUGCAGAAGAUGUAUAGUAGUGAAAGCUUCUGUGUUCUAUAAAUCUAGAUGUUUUUAUUAUCAUAUUAUUAUUAGUGGUAGUAGACUCACUAGUAGUAGUAUUGUUAUUAUUAUUGUUUUUGUUGUUAUUAUUAUUACUCUUACUAUUAUGGUAUCAGUAUUAUUAUUACUCUAAGUAUUAUCAUCGUCAUCAUCAUUAUUAUAGAUUCUGUGGCCUGCGUACAAACAGUUCAGAAAGAAGUCAAUAGGCCUUAGUGAUGCACAUCCUUCUAAAUGACAAAUACCUGUAAAAUACGAGAACUUGUUCAGUGUUCGAAAUACCAAGUGAUUUAUUUUGUGCAUUCUCAUUAAAGACUUCUCUAAAUUAGCAUAAGUUCCACAUGUAAUGAAAUUCGUGCCCAACACUAUCUGCUUCAUAAUUUCAUUCCUUAAUUUGUGAACUAAUGUUUCAUAUGAGCACAAGGACAUGCUCACCAGACACCUACAUGUAUGCACUUCAAGAACCAGUGGUUAUUAUUUUUUUUAGUGUUGUUAUUAUGAGACAUGGCAAACAAAAAUAUUGAGAAAAUGUUGUGCACUCUUUGCUCCAUCCAUUUUCCCCAAAAUUCUAUUCUGUCUAAAUGUAAAUUAUAAUUUUAAAUGGGUUGUAUAAUUAUUAUUUGUCAACAUUUCUAUGUCAACAGGGUUCAUCAAGUGUAAUGUCUGACAGCGGUGAAUACAAACUUGUACUAGUCGUAAGAAAUGAUCUGAAAAUGGGAAAAGGCAAAGUAGCUGCCCAGUGUAGCCAUGCAACUCUAGGAUGUUUUAAGAAAGGAUCAAGAAUCAGAUCUGAAUGGUUAAAGAAUUGGGAGAUGGAUGGCCAGCCUAAGGUGGUUCUCAAAGUACAAGAUGAACAAUCAUUACUAGUAUUAUCUGGACAAGCAACAAGAAAAGGUCUCCCAACUUCCAUCAUUCAAGAUGCUGGAAGGACACAAAUAGCACCAGGAUCAAAAACAGUACUUGGCAUUGGACCAGGUCCAGCAUACCUUAUAGAUGAAGUCACUGGAGAUUUAAAGCUGUAUUGAUGAAAUUGUAUCAUUCCAUGAAUAGAGCUGCAGUUGACAGAAUUGGGACCUUUCUACAUUCAGGCUGAUCAUGAAACAGUGAUAUCGGAAAGACAUUGCAUAAUCAUCUCUAAUGAAUGCUUUUAUAGAUGGGCAAUUUCUUAAGUUAGUACAUUCAAUGGUCAUAAUCUCUAUGUAAUUGACCAUUCUAAAAUAUCCUGCUUUGUGCUUUAUAAGGAAAAAGUUUAAUGCUUUCAAAAAAAAAAUUCAUAAAGUGCAGUAAAAGUGGACAAAAAAUAUUGGUUGGAUGAUUAAAGGGAAAUGCCCAGAUAUAUUUGUACCCCAAUUUUUGGCUUCUGACAUCCCUGGACACUAAGUAUGCACUUUCUUCGCGCUCUUGGGAGUAUUCCAGCAAGAGUUUCAAAACUGAAUUGCUAGACAAACUAUAUAUUAGGCUUUUGCAUUCUACCAAGUAAUACCUCGGGUAAUGGUAACAAUUAGGGUGAGCCCAUAGAUAUCUGACCAUCGUUAUGACGAUUUACAACUCGAAAAGAACGCGUCCGCAAAUAUCGCUGCUACCACUGGCUAUGGAUACUUGUGAUUGCAUUUUUUUCAAUUCGGCAGUGAAUUUAUAAUGCAUGGAGAAAUAGGUAUAGGUUUUAAAUCAUCAAUUUUGAGACUGAGAGUACAAUGGAAAAGGAGUAAACUGGUUGCUUAUCGCUGGAAUACAUCUUAAAGGAGAAUGAAACCCUUGAAACCAGCUGAAUCCAUAUCAAAGAGAAAAAUCAAAGAAACAUAUUGUUGAAAGUUUGAGGAAGAUUGAAUGAAUAAUAAGAAAGUUAUGAGCAUUUGAAUAUUGAGAUCACUAAUGCCAUGUAGAUCCUCCCAUUGGCAAUGCGACCAAGAUCUGUGAUGUCACACACGUACAACUCCCUCAUUACUUUAGUACUUAUUUCACUUAUAUUCUCACUUUUAUAGAGUCUAUCACAAGGUGAGGUGUUCUCUUUAUGAGAGAAGUACAGAGGUUUCACAACAUUAUAUCAUUGAUGAAUCGUUUGUCAUAUGAUUAGAAUGAGCAAAAUGAGAUGUUUUGGGGUAUAUUUUCAGUGUCCAAAAGGGGAGAGUUGUUCAUCUGUGACAUCAUAGAUCUUGGUCGCAUUUUACUGCCUGCACCUUGUCCUCCAUGACAAAACUUUGGAUUCAGUGGUUCCCUGGUGAUUUCAGCUCUGGUUUUACCUUUGGUAAGGGGGUUCGUCUCAAAACUUAUUCAGGGUAAAAUUUAAAACAAGCAAUUGGGUUAAUAUCUCAUAAAAUCAGUCAAUUACACUUUAAUUCAACUACUUAACUCAAAUCCCCUGUGGUAGGGCUUUAUUGGGUUUUGGGGAUGGGGAUAUUAGUUAGUGGCCAUUCCGAGGUCAGUUAACUUGGGUCUUCUCAAUCCUGGGACUCCUCAAGCCUGUGUAGAUAUGUAGAUCGAAACAUUUUGACGGGAUGCAUUGGUUGAAAAAUUGGAGAUUAAGAUCAAAGGAAACUUGAUGGUACAGAAACAGGCAAGAAGGUUAGAGUACCUCCUUACACCAAACAGAAAAAUGAGAUUUGGCCAAUUCCAAUAAAGUAGAAUUGGAAGACCAAGAUGAGGGGGGGGGGGGGCAGUGCAAUCCAUACAGUUCUUUCUUUGGUGUCAACUGAACUGCAACCACUGCACUUUGGCUGUCCAUAUUCCGGUUUAUUGAUUCUGUCAUACCUAAAGGUCAAUCAGAAAAACUGAAGCUAAUCUAUUGAAAUAUUCUAUUGGAAAGGAUACAAAGACGUUUCAUAAAAUGUGUUUCCAUUUCUUAUUUUGUCAGAUCAAUAUCUCAAACUUUACAAUAAAUUAAAAUUAUGGGUGUAAAGCUGACCACUUUACCAUGACUGGCAUCCUUAUUUCUCAAUUAUUCUCCUCCUUUGCUAACUUUUUUACAAGAUCUGGCAGAUGAAUGGGGUCCAGUUGAUUUAGAAGAUAGCACAUCCUCAUUGUCCAUUAGGAUAAUGCUUGCAACACCCUAAAUGGGGUAGGGGUAAAUUAUAAGGCCCUGGGACAAUGAGAAAGGAAACAAGUUGGAGGGAUAUGAGCAACCUAUUAUCUAAAAUAAAGUCCUGUAGUAUAAAAUUAUUCCAAAGAAGAAAAGAGAGAUAGGGAAAUACAGAAAAGAUGAGAGGGAGAGUAGAAAAUAUAAAGUAGAUUGGAAAGUUGAAGAAAGUAUUGAGAGAUGAUGGGCAUUAGAGGAUGAUUAAAGAAGCAAUACAAUAGGCAGAGAAAUCCGAAAGCAUUGACUAUGUUACAUGAUAAUCAGGUUAUGUUUUGCCAAUCCGAUUCAGUCUUUUUGGGGCCAUAUUUUUUCUGUUUGGGUAAUGUAAGAAUUGUACUUGAAAGAAAGAUUACAGUAUUUUAUUGUUUGCCCAAGUGCAAUCUCUUUGGACCACAGAUAUCUGUUGACUCGAAUUCAAUGUAGAUGUUAAUACAAUGUUUUGCAUAUUAUGGCCUGAUGGCCGAUAAUUCAACUUGUGGAAGUCUGAUUUUAUUAUAGAGACUCUACUGAUUUAUUGCAUGAACUUCAGCAAAAUACACAAAUUACUGUUAUCACAUAUAUUUGGUCAGACAAUAAUUUGCAUUGAUUUGGAACUAUUUGGUGUAGCACAUUUUGUCUCCUAAUUGUCAGUGUUAAAACCAAUUCCAGAAUGAUCAAAACUAAGUUUUUCAAUGACAAACAUAAGUCACGUUUGGAGUUGGUUUAAAGGCAGCACAUUUAUAAUUCUGUUGUAUAUUUAAUAAGGAAUUGAUGAUUGUAAACUUUAUUU